AUGUGCCACCGCCCAGCAAGCACGAGCAAUAUUAGCGACAGUAGUAAAACGACAAACGAGCCCGUGGUAUUGACCAGCGGAGGGGUAACGAUUGAAUCAUCCUGUUCUGGCCGUCAAAAGCGAGUGUCAUGGGUCACUCAAGCGCAUCAAGGGAGAAUGGAGAAGGGAGAAAAAGGCGGACAGCAAAAUACAGUCGAUCUGAAUGAAUUCUGUAUCCAUGUCCGUCAAUCAAUGAAGAAUGUCGUCCCUUCGCAUAUGCCAUAA